CAUUAUUCCAGAUGGAAGCAAACGCGUUUGUUAAAUAUUUUUUGUUGAGAGAGAAGUAUUGAAAUAAUAAUUUUAAAUAAACAAUGGCGAAUUUUAGCGAAGACUUGUUUGACGUUUUUGAUGAGCACGGCGAUGAAAUAGAAAUACUGGACAUUCCGAAGAAAAUCAAGCCGGAAGUAGGAGUAAAGCGACAUUCUGACGCCGAUGAUGACAAAGCAAACAUAAAAAAAUUGCGGCACGAUUCUGUUUUGAAUGAUAUCAAUCUAGAGGAAGUGGCAUGUCGUAUAACAGUGCAUACUGUAGAAACUGUAGAAUCUUGUAUGCACGAGAUUGCUAUUCCUCCUGAUCAAGAGUAUGUACCUUUGGAGCAUCAACAGGGCAAGCCAGCCAAAGAAUAUAAAUUCAUACUCGAUCCAUUUCAAAAGGAAGCAAUUUUAUGCAUUGAAAACAAUCAGUCAGUUCUUGUCUCUGCACAUACGUCGGCUGGUAAAACUGUCGUGGCUGAAUAUGCAAUAGCAUGUUCGCUUAAGGAUAAACAGAGAGUAAUAUAUACUACUCCAAUUAAAGCGUUGAGUAAUCAGAAAUAUAGAGAAUUUUACGAGGAAUUUAAGGAUGUUGGUUUAGUAACCGGCGAUGUUACUAUAAAUCCGACAGCGAGUGUAUUAAUCAUGACUACUGAAAUUUUGCGAAAUAUGCUCUAUAGGGGUUCAGAGGUAAUGCGUGAAGUUGGUUGGGUAAUUUUUGAUGAGAUUCAUUAUAUGCGUGAUAAAGAGAGAGGCGUAGUUUGGGAAGAAACACUUAUAUUGCUGCCAGACAAUGUGCACUAUGUAUUUCUUUCUGCUACUAUACCAAACGCACGACAAUUCGCAGAAUGGGUAGUACAUUUGCAUCAUCAACCUUGCCAUGUAGUCUCUACGGACUAUAGGCCUACACCGUUGCAACAUUAUAUAUUUCCAGUUGGCGGCGACGGUAUACAUCUGGUUGUAGAUGAAAUGGGUCAAUUUAAAGAAGAAAAUUUUAACAGAGCCAUGGCGUGUCUGCAAAAUAUGGGUGACGCAGCUAAAGGUGACACAAAAGGACGCAAAGGUGGUCUACGUGCCACGAACAGUGGACAAACAAAUAUUUUCAAGAUGGUAAAAAUGAUCAUGGAGAGAAACUUCGCGCCCGUGAUAAUCUUUAGCUUUUCGAAAAAAGAUUGCGAGGUUUACGCAAUGCAGAUGGCUAAACUGGAUUUGAAUACGUUAGAAGAGAAAAAACUAGUAGAUGAGGUUUUUAACAAUGCGGUAGACGUCCUCAACGAUGAGGACAAAAAGUUACCACAAGUUACAAAUUUGCUGCCACUUUUGCGGCGUGGAAUAGGAAUCCACCAUGGUGGACUCUUGCCAAUCUUGAAGGAGACGGUCGAGAUAUUAUUCGGCGAAGGUUUAAUCAAAGCCCUUUUUGCCACUGAAACAUUCGCGAUGGGCUUGAAUAUGCCGGCACGGACGGUCUUGUUCACGGCACCUCGUAAAUUCGAUGGCAAAGACUUUCGUUGGAUCACGUCGGGUGAAUACAUCCAGAUGUCCGGUCGCGCUGGCAGGAGAGGUCUCGACGACAAAGGGAUUGUCAUAUUGAUGAUAGACGAGCAAGUUAGUCCCGUCGUUGGUAAAGCUAUCGUUCAAGGAAAGCCAGAUCCAAUCAAUUCCGCAUUUCAUUUGACUUAUAAUAUGGUUCUUAAUCUUCUACGAGUGGAAGAGAUUAAUCCUGAAUACAUGUUGGAAAGAAGCUUUUUUCAGUUUCAGAAUCAAGCUGGUAUUCCAGUUUUGUACAACAAGGUAAAGGAAUUAAGUACCGCUUACAAUACUGUGAAUGUAGAUAGGUACGAAGAGAUUUCUUCGUAUCAUGACAUACGUGAACAACUCAAUCGACUGAGUGGAGAGUUUCAAUCAUUUCUAACGCAACCGGAGUAUUUAGUUCCGUUUUUACAACCUGGAAGAUUAGUAAAAGUAAAAAAUGAAAUCGAAACGUUCGAUUGGGGUAUCAUAGUGAAUUUUAAGAAAAAAAAUCCAAAAAAUCCAGUAAAAGGCAAGACUGUUAUUGUCAUUGAUGUUUUACUUUAUUUAUCGAAAAAUUCUAAAGAAGGCAGUCCAAUUCCCUGUCGCGAAAAUGAAGAAGGCGAAAUGGAAGUAGUUCCUGUUUUACAUAAUUUAAUUUCACAAAUCAGUUCACUAAGAUUAUAUUAUCCAAAAGGUGUAUUGAAGACAAUACGAUAAGUGAAAAAAAGAUUCCCGGACGGUCCACCGUUACUUAAUCCUAUUACAGAUAUGCAUAUAGAGGAUCAGGCUUUUAAAGAUAUUGUAAAAAAAAUUGAAGCGUUAGAAAAAAGAUUAUAUGCACAUUCUUUGCAUAAAGAUCCCAACGUAAAUGUAUUAUAUGAACAAUUUUUGCACAAAGAAGAAUUGGCUGCGCAACUUAAGCAAGCCAAGGAAGAAUUUAAGCAGGCUAAAUCGAUACUUCAGAUGGACGAACUCAAAUGCAGAAAGAGAGUUCUAAGGAGAAUGGCAUAUUGCACAUCGGCAGACGUUAUAGAAUUAAAAGGACGUGUAGCUUGUGAACUGAACGGUGCCGAUGAACUAUUAAUGACUGAGAUGAUUUUUAAUGGUCUUUUUAAUGCUUUGAGUGUGCCACAGAUGGUGGCAUUGAUCAGCUGCUUUGUAUGCGACGAAAAAUCAAACGAAAUGCCUAAAAGUACAGAGGAAUUAAGCGGUCCACUUAGGCAGAUGCAGGAUUUGGCUCGCAGAAUAGCAAAGGUAUCAACAGAAGCCAAUCUGGAAUUAGAUGAGGAUGCAUAUGUUGACAGAUUUAAGCCGUAUUUAAUGGAUGUUAUAUACGCUUGGUGUAAAGGCGCAACAUUUUUACAAAUUUGCAAAAUGACAGAUAUAUUUGAAGGAUCUAUUAUCAGGUGUAUGCGGCGUUUAGAAGAGGUGCUUCGACAAUUGUGCCAAGCUGCAAAAGGUAUUGGGAAUACAGAUCUAGAAAAUAAAUUUAGCGAGGCGAUCAAACUUAUAAAACGGGAUAUUGUGUUUGCUGCGUCUUUAUAUUUAUAAUGCAGGAAAGAAGAAUAAACUAAUUUCAUAGAGUA